AUGCAAUUGAAAUUUUUAGCACGCAUAAGGACACAGAGUAUCAUAAAAACAACGUUUUUUUUGCUGAAAAUUUUAUUUCCAUAUAUUGCAACAAACAUUAUUCAAACAAUAAUUUUGUGUGGUCGUCAAGAAUUGGCUCUUCGUGGUACAUCUGAUUCUGGACCACUCACUUUAAAUGAGCCAGUUCACAAUGAUGGUAAUUUUAGAGCUCUUCUGCGAAUGCGAAUGAACUGCGGUGAUAAAAUGAUGACUGAUUUGGAUAGAAUCAAUAGGGCAAAAUCAUUUUCAAUUUUAGUAGACGAGACGACUGAUAUAUCGCGAAUUGAACAAAUGUCACUUUGUAUUCGAUAUAUCGAUGAAGAUCCUGAACAUCAAUUCAUUUUACGUGAAGAUUUUUUAAAAUUCGUGUCGGUAGAAAAUACGACUGGUAAAAAUUUAGCCAAUAUCAUUUUAGAUAGUAUUAAAUCUCUUGGAAUAAAUCCGAAGUAUAUGGUAGGACAAGGAUACGUCAGGGCGGCUGCAAUGAGCGGAAAUUUCAAAGGAGUGCAAGCAAUUAUUCGAAAAGAAUAUCCGGCCGCACUUUACGUACAGUGUAGUGCUCAUUCANCGCUUUACGUACACUGUAGUGCUCAUUCUUUAAAUUUGGCUCUCUCUCAUUCCUGUAGUAUUCAACAUAUUCGUAACUGUAUUGGUACCAUAAAAUCGGUGGGAAAUUUCAUUAAAGGUUCAGCAAUACGAACCGAAAUUUUAAAAAAAUACAUCAAAGAACAAUUUCCUGAAUCUAAGUGGACCAAACUUACAUCAAUGUGCGAGACACGUUGGGUAGAAAAUCACGACGGACUAAUAAGAUUUACAGAAAUUUAUAAGAUAAUUUUUAAUACAUUGGAAGAAUUACAGUUCACUCGUGAUAUUGAAACGUCAUCAAAAGCAUUACAAUUUGGAAAAACUAUUAUAACGAGUGAUUUUGUAAUAAGUAUUGUCUCAGCAUCUAUACUUUUUUCCUUAACAUUGUCACUGUGUAAGAAUUUACAGUCUGUAAAUUGUGAUUUAACCGAAGCAAUGGCGUAUGUUGAUAUUGUGAUACACGAAAUAAAUGAUAUGCGAAAAUGUAUAAGAAUACCUAGAAUUGUUGGACAUCAAAAAAAUCGAAGUAAUAUUGUCGUGAAUUCACCUGAAGAAUACUACCGUAUUACAAUAGCUAUUCCUUUUUUUGACGACUUCAUUGAACAGCUUCAAACAAGGUUCAAUAAUCAUAAAAAAAUAAUUUCUUCAUUGCACAAGUUAUUACCAAAAACAUGCGAUAAAUUUGAAAUUGAUUUAAAUGAUUUUGAAAUAUAUUCAGAAUUUCUGGAUUUGGAAGUACUGCCACAAGAAAUUAAACUGUGGAAAAGAAAAUGGACUGACGAACUAGAUGUAGACCGUCCAAAUUCGGCUAUCGAAGCGUACAUUAAAUGUAAUUAUGAAUAUUUUCCAAAUGUAUCUUUUCUUUUGAAAAUAUUAGCUACAUUACCAGUUUCGACUUCUACACCAGAGCGCUCAUUCUCUACUAUGAAAAGGCUAAAAAACUUUUUACGAAAUUCAUUUGGUCAAGAACGUCUUACAGGUCUAGCACUUUUGAGUGUGCAUAGACAAAUUAAAAUAAAUCCAGACGAUGGCAUCGACAGUUUUGCAAAAGAAAAAAAAAGACUGAUAGACUUUGUGCUAUAA